AUGGAAGACUUGAAUUAAAAAAAGGAGUAGCAAAAUAAAGAUUAGCUGAAUUUAUAAAAGCAAGAAGAAAGAGAGUCUGCUUUUAAGAAGCUUUACAAGGAUUAUGUCAAUUAAAAAUAGAAUGAAAUCAAUUUAUACAACAUAUUUAAGAAUAAUGUAUUAUUGGAAGAUUUUACAUAUUCUAGAAGGUCCGCGCUAGCAUUCAUAUUUGUUCCUACUUUAUUGAAUUUAUAUUAUAUUUGGAAACCCUAUAGCCCUAUGAAGAAUACCUUCAGAAUAGGCACAAUUAUAGGCUGCUUUCUCCACUUCAAUUAUGCUUUGAAAAAGGAUUUUAGAGAGUUAGUAAAGAAAGAUACAGAACUGGCUAAUAAAGCAAGACUCUACGCUUAAAAUAUUAGUAUAAAUAAUCUUUCAGUGAGAUCAUUCUAGAAGGAAACUAAUGAAAUCGCAGAUAAAAGAAAGCAAAAAAUAGAACCAGUACAAGUUUAAGAUAUCCAAAACAAAUGA